CUCUCAAAACACGCUCAUGCAAAUCGCAGCCGACGCUCAGUCUGGAGUUUAUCGACACGGACUGCCGAGAAAAUAACUUAUUAAAGACUCGAGCGCGAGUAGAAGCGGCCAAGAGAGUUCACACUUACAGCGAAGUGCGUUUAAGAGUUGACUGAAGGGGCCGAGCUCGCUGUUGUUGUGUCUGGAGCGAACGAGCGACUGAACCUGGACCCGCUGUUACGGCUCCAGCCUGCAUCGAAAAUAAAUACUUCACUCUAAUUGAAUGGGUUUGGUCUGCUUGUGCCACUCCAGUCUUCUCAGCUUUCUAAACCACAUCAGCAGGGCCUCUGCGUUCCCAGAAACUGAGCUCCACGUGACCAAACCCGACUUUGUUACCCUGAAAAGGCUCUGGAAACUGAGAACGAAAAACCGGAAGGCAAUUCAUAAGGCAAAAUAGAUUUUCCAUUUCUCCGACCUUCCGUGUCCGUAACCAGAUGGAGAGCUGAAGUCUGCUGAUUCUGAUGACGUGAUUGUUCUGAUAUCUGGUUACUUGUGGUUCCCUCAGACGUCUGGCUGUCACCUACCCCGACUGUAGCACUAUCGAAAGAGAGGAUUCUGGGAUAGGUUCAUGCCGUGGUUGCGCCGCUGUAUGGCGGUGUAAGGGAGGAGCAGGACUCUUGUGGGACACUUGUGGAGAUCAUGGGAAAAGAGCAGGAUCUUCUGCAAGCGGUCAAGAAUGGAGAUCUAGCUACUACACAGAAACUGCUGGCCAAGGUCAAAGCCAGCAAAAGCAAGUUACUGGGCUCCACCAAGAGGCUGAACAUCAACUAUCAGGAUCCAGACGGGUUUUCAGUGUUGCAUCAUGCAGCUCUCACGGGCACUACGGAGUUGCUCUCUCUGCUGUUGGAAGCUCAGGCUGUUGUGGACAUCAAGGAUAGCAAUGGCAUGCGGCCGCUACAUUACGCAGCAUGGCAGAGUAAAGCUGACUCGGUGCUCAUGCUGCUGAGAUCAGGGGCUGCCGUUAACAACGCGUCUCAUGACGGGCAGAUUCCACUGCACCUGGCUGCUCAGUACGGACACUAUGAGGUGUCUGAGAUGUUGUUGCAGCACCAGUCGAACCCGUGCAUUCUAAAUAAGGCUAAGAAGACUCCUCUGGAUCUGGCCUGUGAGUUUGGCCGAGUGAAGGUGGCGCAGCUUUUGUUGAGCAGUAAUAUGGUUGCAUCUCUGUUAGAGGGAGAUCGGAGAGACGGCUCAGACUCAAACUGUAACACUCCUCUGCACCUCGCUGCACGCAACGGACACAAGGACGUCAUCCGGCUUCUUCUGAAAGCAGGUAUUGACAUCAACAGAACCACUAAAGCUGGCACAGCGCUCCAUGAGGCCGCCCUCUAUGGGAAGACAGAGGUAGUGCGGCUACUCCUGGAUAAUGGGAUUGAUGUCAAUAUCCGUAACACUUACAAUCAAACAGCCCUGGACAUCGUCAACCAGUUCACCGCAUGCCACGCCAGCAAAGACAUUAAGCAGCUCUUACGAGAAGCUACAGGAGUUCUUCAGGUCAGAGCUCUGAAAGACUUCUGGAAUCUUCACGACCCCACGGCCCUCACCAUACGCGCCGGUGACGUCAUCACGGUGAUAGAGCAGCAUGUGGAUGGACGCUGGAAGGGCCACAUUCAUGACACCCAGAGGGGAACAGACCGAAUUGGCUACUUCCCCCCCUCCAUAGUUGAGGUCAUCAGCCGACGCUCAGCUGGGGACAGGAACAGUGUGGGCAGCACUGGCAGUGUUGGCAGCACCCGCAGUGCAGGCAGUGGCCAGAGCACAGAAAGCAACAGCGCCCCCAACGGACCGCAGCAACACGCCACCAGCCCUGACACGAGCAAGGCAACACCUUCGGUUGUGGAUUUCCUACAGCCAGAUCUUAACAAACAUCCAGACACACCCACAGGAGUUCCUCGCAGACCUGUGCUGCCCACACAGAGGGCAGGAGAGCAGGGUUUCUCUCAACAGUUUGUGCGUCCUCAACAGCUGCUGGAGGGCAAGGAUGCUGAGGCCAUCUAUCAGUGGCUGAGUGAGUUUCAGUUGGAGCAGUACACUGUAAAUUUCAUCAACGCUGGCUAUGAUGUACCUACCAUCAGCAGAAUGACCCCAGAGGAUCUCACGGCUAUUGGUGUGACUAAACCAGGUCACCGUAAGAAAAUUUCUCUGGAGAUUGGCAACCUCAGCAUUCCAGAAUGGCUCCCAGAGUACAUACCACAGGAUCUUGGGGAGUGGCUGAGCGCCAUAGGAAUGCCUCAGUAUCAUAAGAAACUCUCUGAGAAUGGCUAUGACUCGAUAAACAUUGUCCGAGAUCUCACAUGGGAAGACUUACAGGAGAUUGGCAUCAUCAAACUAGGUCAUCAGAAGAAAAUGAUGCUUGCAGUGAAGAAGUUGUGUGAUAUUCAUAAGGCUCUUCUGCAGGCAGAAUCUGGGCAGGGCACACUGUGGCGCAAAACCCCCGCAGCCCUGGACCUGGUCACUAUUGAGCCACCUCCUGAGAGCGGCGACCUCCCCUCACCUCACACGCCCAAGAUGAUGACUUUCCAGGACAGUGAGCUAAGUACUGAGCUACAGAGCGCCAUGUACUCCCACUAUCGUGGCUGUCAGGAAGGGCUGGCCAUCAAGAACGCAGUAGGAAUGUCUUCCAGUCAGGAGAGCAUUGACACACGCUCUCGAGGCUCCGGACGCUCUCAGGAGCCCCCCAGCACACCGUCCUCCACUUCUGCUGCGACCCCUUAUAGCGGCUCCCGAGAGAGUUUAACCAGCCCAGACAGCAGUCCUGCUAAAGAGCGCAACAUUCCAGAAGGCCGUGACCAGGUCCCACGUCCUCAGCUACCACAGCAGCUGCCAUUCAGUGCGUCCACAGGCUUUAAAUACCCCACGGUGCCUGCCAAACCCAAACUGAGCUCUGCUCCUUCUCCACAAGGCUCUCCUGCUCACAAAACCCUUAAUUAUCCACGUUCACAAUAUAACAGUGCCACGCUUGACCGUCACUCUCCUAAUGUGACUAAGAAGCGCACACAGAGUCUGUCCCGGUAUGCUUUGUCGGAUGGUGAACCAGAUGAAGAGGAUGAUGAAGCAGCUCAGCUAGCCAGCAUGGCCAUGCCUUCGUAUGCCACACUGAGCCGCAAGCCUACCCGUGGCCAGCUGGCACGACUUCAGUCUGCCCCCGAGCAGUCCGUCAGCCGAAGCCACUCUUUUGCCAUUAGGGCUCGACGUAAAGGGCCUCCUCCACCACCACCCAAACGCCUUAGCUCCGUCAGCAGCAGCAGCAGCACUAGUGUUGAAACUGUUUCUGACACUCCAGCAUCACCUUCUGGAGGAGCUGAGAACGGCAGAUCCGGGACCGUAAAGAGUAUUGCAGCUGCAUUAGAAACGGUCCUACCUGUGCCUACGGUGGAGCUCCUUCCGGAAACCACUACAGCUGUUUCCAGUACCAACGAAGGGUUCAGACGCAGACCUCUGAGUCAGAGUGAAUCCAGCCCAGUACCCUCCAAAGCAGAUACUGAUAGAGCGACAAAGUCUGACUCGGAAGAGGAGGAUGCAACAAAGGAUUCAGGCCUGGAGAGCUCAUCCUCGCCGCAGAACAGCUCUAGUGAGUGCAUCCCUUUUGCAGAGGAAGGCAACCUCACUAUCAAACAGAGGCCCAAAGUUGGCGGGCCUCUCAAGGCGGAGACCACUUCUGAGUUGCCAGAGAAAGCCAAACCAGCCAAAACCCCUGAAGUGCCAGAGUUCAACCUUAAAGAGUCAGACACAGUGAAGAGACGACAAAAGCCAAAAGAGAAAGAGCAGCCAAACCCAGCGUCCGACAGCAGUGCAGAAAGCACGUCAGUUUUAGAGACUCAGGGCACGGUGAAGCUCCGCAUCAGUGAAACAGAUAUGAGUCUGCCAUGUGUGGAGCUUCCAACCAAACCAGUGAAAGCACCUCCAACUCUUGCUCCCAAACCUCCCAGUCCCCUGAAUCCAACACGGCACGCCUCUAAACCAGAUCCUGCUCCUAUAACAGCUGUCGGCUCUAGCGUGACACUGAGUGUUGUACAGAGUGUCGCCUUUGCAGGACCUCAUUCUCCAAUCCCAUACUCCCCCUCGCCAGAGAACACGGUUCAGAGUGCAAUAUCAGGAAGCCUCCAGGCUCUGAUGGAAGGGGAUCAAGGGUCAACACUGAAACAUCAGAGGCUGGAGAAGACCAGCUCAUCCCUGGAGGAAGCACUGAAGGCUGUGGAGAGAAAACUAACUCUGGAGAACAACAACGUGGGCGUUUCUCCCGUAGUGAAGUCUGCAGGGAACAUCCUGGAUGACAUCGGGAACAUGUUUGAUGACCUGGCUGAUCAGCUAGAUGCUAUGCUGGAUUAAAGAUUCUCAUGGAUGGAGCUGUUUAUUUUUUUGAUGACCCAGAAACAGGAGGGUAGAUAUCUACGUAUAGCAGCAUGGUUUCUUAUAAUUCAGAUGGAGAGCAGAGAUGAACUCUUUAACACAAAAGUGGGAACCUCCACUGAUCUUCAUUUAUAAGGACCACACAGAUAUUUAUGGACCAGUCUAGAUGUCAUCUAUAUUUGUUUGUUUAUUGUAAUUCCAGCGGCUAAUCAAUCAGCAUAUAUAUUUGUUUUUCUGGUUUUUUUUGUCCUGUCAUUGUUUUUUUGGGAUGAACUGUGGACUGAACUGUGACCUCAAUGAACUUUACAUGACGGACCCAGAUAAAAGAAAUGCACUUAGGAGAAUCAUUCCUAAAGCAAUAUAGAUUUCAAAACACUACACUGAUUCAAAACAUUUCAAGAAAGACUAAUGGGAUAGUUCACCCAAAAAGUGACAAUUCUGUCAUGAUUUACUCACCCUGCCUUGCUGUGAGACUUUUGAAUAAACUUUAUGCAGCUCUUUUCCAUACAGCAAUAAGUUAUAGUGACCUGCUGUCAAAACAAAAUAACACAUGAUGACAAUUUUCGUUUUUUGAGUGAACUGUUCCUUCAACAUAACUACUUUUCAAAGCAUUUAAGCUCUAAAAAAGUAGCUUGUGACAUCCAUUUCAGCAGGUAAACAGCCUUUGGGAGGUUUGGUGCUUGUACCCUUUUUUUCUUAAUGACUUUGCAGAUUUGCAGGUUAAAAUACAUGACUGACAUUUAUUUUUGUAUGAAAGUGUGGUCUUAAAGGGAACAUGAUGAAAACAGUAACACUGCCUUAAGUGACUAGAGCAGCAUCAAUGUACAGCAAGCAAUUCAGGUUUAAGUUACCACAAACUAGUCUUUAAACUUAAAUUAGUCCAAAUAGUAUUUAAACUUUAUCAGAAUAUGUAUAUUGUACACUAAAGGUAUAUUUGAUUGGGAAGCAAACCUGUUUGUUGUACCAAAGUAUAUGUAUAUUUUUAUUCAAAUGUUGGAUAAUGUUAACACUAUCAGACUUGUCUUGCAGCUAAACUAAUGAAAUUUAACCCAGUGGCAUUUCCCCUUUGCACAUAAUUUGAUAUGAUGUAUCUGAUGUGGAAUAUUUCCAUGCUGUUCUUGUGUGCCAUACGUUUAAAUAGAUGUUUCAUUCAGGUUCUGUCUCCCAAGUAACUGAGAUGUAAUUAAUGGCAUUUGUACAACUGAA